AAUCCAGGAAACAUGACGACGAACAUGGGAAUCUCGUCCCUCAUUCAUUGUUCGACUUGGUCCAGCACACCUACCGGCCAGUCCGUCCCCGGUGAGUGUCCAAUAGAAGACGGCGGUCCGUAGCGCUCUGGUGCGAGCCCGCCCCCACAUUUCCAUAAGGUACCUCCAUAGGUCGCUCUCUCACACUCACCUUUCAGUACGUACAAAAUUCCUGCAACCCCACGCCGCGUCCCACUUCACAAAAAUAUGUCAUCUUCAGCAUUCUCUUUCGGCUUCGGCGGCGAUGACAUAGAGGACGACUCUGUCCCGGUCGCCGAGCCUCCCCCGCCGGUGCCCGUCCCGGAGUCCGAGACCCCGCAGUCCGCUGUUGCCAGCGCCUUCCCGGUUCCCGGCAAACCCCAGCUGCCGCCCACCAGUCACGCGUUGCAGGAGAUGCUCGCAAAACUGCCUUCCAAGGUCGCCUUCGGUCCGCUCGACGUUACUCUUGACGACGGCAGCGUCAUCAAGAUUCCUCGUCGAGAACUGUGGGACGUGCGAGUGCAGCUCAUGGCCGAGGAUGAGGUCGCCAGUGAGGGUACCGAAGCCGAGGGGCUUGGCAGCCACGACGUGAAGACGGGCGUCUACGAGGGCGGCUUCAAGAGCUGGGAGAGCAGCGUCGAUCUUGUCAAGGUCCUUGCUAGUGGCCAAUAUUUGGACUUGCUGAAGCAGCGGCCUCUCCGAGUGAUCGAGCUUGGAUGCGGCACUGCACUCCCUUCUCUGGCCCUUCUGCAGUGGGCUAUGAGGGACUCGGCCCCGAGGUCCCCGCUUCUGCUCACCCUUGCCGACUACAACCCAACGGUUCUGCAGUUGGUGACGCUGCCCAACUUCAUUCUCGCCUGGGCUCUCGAACACAGAGACCAGAGCCCUGCUCUGCAAGAAGCAUUCGCGCUAGAGGACGAGCUCGAACUUACGCCCAAAGUGGUGCAACAGUUCCAGGACUUCCUUACGUCUUCACAAAUUUCCCUACACUUCCUUUCUGGUGGUUGGUCGGUCGAGUUGGUCGAUCUCUUGUACGAGACUCGGUCCAAGUUGGACAAGUCGGACAGUUUUGAUACCCUGCUCAUAGGCGCCGAGACGAUAUACUCGCCAUUCGCGCUGGAGGCUUUCAAUGAAAUGGUUUUCGCCAUUCUAAGCAGAGAGCAGAGCGAGCGCGGCAACUGCCAGUCGCAGGCGCUGGUCGGGGCAAAGAAGCUCUACUUUGGAGUCGGCGGUUCACUCGAUGAUUUCGUCGACAAGGCCAAAGGAAAGGGCGCCACAGUGGAACAGGUCAGAGAGGAGGCCGACGGCGUCCGGCGAGGAGUCGUCCGCUGUACACUCAGUGCAUCCCGUUAAUAGACCUCGUUCAAGUCCGAGCUGUCGAUGAGGCCCAUCUCCGACAGUAUUGCUACUCUCAUGGCCUUCGUGCGACGUGUGCGCCGUCUCGUGUCUUGGGGGACAAAUGUUUUGGCGCAACAGUACAUGCUUGGACGGACGAAUCUAGCAAUGAUGGUCUAGUUGAGAAGCCCCUCGGAGCGGGAAACGGGACGUGGUGUGCCGGCGUAUGGCACGGCAAGGGUCUUCGUUGGCACCGUGGUGCGUGACUCGUUCAGCAGCUCGAGGCCGUGAGAGACUGGAUG